CCGAGGGUCUAUAGUUGCUGAUACACAUAUUUAUAUCAAUGAGAAGAUCUCAAAGAAUCCACCAGGGGAUGCAGCGAUUGUCAUAGAGAACUUAUUCAGAAGCAAGUCUCUUCAGAUUAACGGUACAGAAGUACCAGUGAGGAAUCUCAAAAUAGGAAACAGUGAGUAUUUGA